GAUACCUUUAGUUUGCCUCUCUCAAUGAAUCCAAUUCAAAAUUUUCAGAAAAAUUUAUAUACUCCAAUGGAUUCAAAGAAAACGCAACUUCUAGUUUUUACGAGUAAAUCUUUCCAAAAAGUUUUGCGUCUCCUGGGAAUCAAUAGUUACGUAGGCAGAUUAAAUAAUCUUGCGAUUUUUGUGCUAUUGGUCAUCUUUUUAAAUUAUACAUCUCAUGAGUGUCAAAAUAAAUAUAAAUGCAAACGUUCUACCGUAAAGUUUCUGAUAGUGUAUUCCUUAAGGGCUCUAUUAAUGCUGAUUAUACUGAGCACAUCUCUAUUUCGUCCAAAGCUAUUUGCUUUCCCUCGCCAAGAGAUGUUCAUCGUGGAUUCCAUACUUGAAUUGUACGGCGCACAAUUCACAAACAAAGAUAUUUUCCUCGUGCAUCUGCAGGACAUCGCGACCGCGAUAAUAGCAUUAUUGUACUUAUUGUACUUAUUGUACUUUAUAAUCAUCGAAGAUGAUACACGUUUUGUAAAUAUAUGCAUUUACGUGUUUAACGGGUACUGCAGAAUGUGCAUAUUAAUUACGAAUGGGUUAUUCAGUCAUUACAUAUACGAUAUAUAUCUGAGAUCUCGCGAAUUGAAUAAGAUCGCAGUACAGCAUUCAAGAGAAAACCUAUCGAUUUCUUAUAUUGAUUCUACCGCAAGUUCAAAUUUACUUUUUAAUAAAUGUAACAUUGCUGUAAUUACCAAAUUCCGUUCGAUUCAACAUAUUCAUCAUAAAUUGUAUAUUUUAGCGACAAAGAUAAAUACAAAUUUUAGUCUACCACUUCUCAUAAUGUCUGCUCUAUAUUUGACUUCUAUAAUUAAUAAUUUUUAUAAUGUAUAUUAUUAUAUAAAAACAAACCUUGGCAUCUUCGCAAUAAUAAAUGAGCUACUCAUGGCAGUCUUCUAUGCUCUUCAAUUUCUGCACGUCAGUUACAUUUGUCAGCAAUCGAAAAAUGCAUUUAGGCAAAUGGCAAUCAUUUUGCAUAAUGCUUUCCUGGAGUAUAAAUCAUUGCGAGCUGAAGUGGUGCAUUUUUCACUUCAGCUGGUCCAUGAGAAUUUAAAGUUUACUGCUUUAGGACUAUUUGAAAUCAAUAUUCCUCUCAUGUGUUCCGUUGCUGGAGCUGUAGCAACGUAUGCAGUUAUGAUCAUUCAAUUUGACAGAAAAUUUAUUAAUGCAGAGAAUGCAACUACUACUACUGUUACUACUAUUACUACUACAUAA